CUCUGAGCGGAGAGACACAGAAAGCGCAGCGCCGACACCGAGCCGAGCUCACACACACACACAGACACACACACACACACCCGGAAUCCGGUUCGGCGGAGAGGAGCAGCAUGAGCGGCUAACGGGGAGAGAGAGAGAGAGCGCGAGCUCGGUGUGGCGGCCACAGCGCGAGGCGGAAUGCCGUCAUUUCGGUGGAAAUAUUUAUUUUUUUAAUUUUUAUCCGCCCUUUCUCCCGUUUUCUCCCGUUUUCUCCCGUUUUUGAGCUGUGAGCAGAGAUAAAGCGCUCCAUGGUUCUGGGAGCAGCGCAGGAUUCUGUCGUCAUUUUGGAGAACCUCGACGGGAAAUGUUCUAGAUCGCGUUUGGGCUGGGGGCCCUCCGGUGGGAACGGAGAACCGAACACGUUCCUGUGAGCUGUGAAGAGGAGGAGGAGGAGGAGGCUGUGGAUGAAGAGCAGCAGGACCGGAGGACCGAUCUUGUUGUUGUGGUGCUGAGAGGACUGGGCCGAGUGUGUGUGUGUGUGUGUGUGUAUGAGAGAGUGUGUGUGUGAAGGCCGGCCUCUGUUUGCUUCUCCAGACCUCCUCUUCUCCUCCUCUCCCGGAGCUCCUCCUGAUCUCCAGCUCUGAUCUUCCUCCUGGAUCUGCUCCGGUGUUGGGGUGGGGGUGUAGGGGGGGGUGUACCUGCACGUGUAAAUGUCACCGUUCUCAGUCCAGGUGUUUGGAUCUCCAGCUGAUCGAGGAACCUCUCUCUAAUUGGAUACUACAUUGACCCCCCCUCUCCCCUCAGCCCCUGGCCCCCCAGCCUCCCAAAGCAGAGCUCCCGCUGGGCGUUUGUGGGACGAUGGGUUGUUUGGGUAACAGUAAGACUGAAGACCAGCGGAACGAGGAGAAGGCGCAGAGAGAGGCCAACAAAAAGAUCGAGAAGCAGCUCCAGAAAGACAAACAGAUUUACAGAGCCACCCACCGGCUGCUGCUUUUAGGAGCUGGAGAAUCAGGGAAAAGUACGAUAGUCAAACAGAUGCGUAUUUUGCAUGUCAACGGCUUCAAUGCAGAAGAGAAAAAGCAGAAAAUUCAGGACAUUAAGAAUAACAUUAAAGAAGCUAUAGAGACUAUAGUGACGGCGAUGAGCACUUUGACUCCUCCGGUCCAGGUAGCCUGUCCAGAAAACCAGUUCAGGAUCCAGUACAUCCUCAAUUUAGCCAAUCAGAAGGACUUCGAGUUCACUACGGAGUUUUAUGAUCAUGCAAAGACUCUGUGGCAGGAUGAGGGAGUGAGAUUAUGCUUCGAGAGAUCCAACGAGUAUCAGCUGAUCGACUGCGCACAGUAUUUCCUGGAUAAGAUUGACACCAUAAAGCAGAGUGACUACACGCCUACCGAUCAGGACUUGUUGAGAUGCAGAGUUCUGACUUCAGGGAUCUUUGAGACGAGGUUUCAGGUGGACAAAGUGAAUUUUCACAUGUUCGACGUUGGCGGUCAGAGAGACGAGCGGCGGAAAUGGAUCCAGUGCUUUAACGAUGUGACUGCGAUCAUAUUCGUGGUGGCGAGCAGCAGUUAUAAUAUGGUGAUCCGAGAAGACAAUCUGACCAACCGCCUCCAGGAGGCUCUCAACCUGUUCAAGAACAUCUGGAACAACAGGUGGCUUCGAACGAUUUCUGUGAUUCUCUUCCUGAAUAAACAGGACCUGCUGGCUGAGAAAGUUUUGGCGGGAAAAUCAAAAAUAGAGGAAUAUUUCCCGGAGUUUGCGCGCUACACCACACCGGAUGACGCGACCCCUGAGCUCGGAGAGGAUCCGCGAGUCACACGAGCAAAAUAUUUUAUCCGAGACGAGUUUCUGCGGAUCAGCACAGCGAGCGGAGAUGGGCGGCACUACUGCUACCCUCACUUCACCUGCGCCGUCGACACCGAGAACAUCCGCCGAGUGUUCAACGACUGUCGGGACAUCAUCCAGCGCAUGCACCUCCGGCAGUACGAGCUGUUGUGAUCUCCACGGCGAUGAUGGGACACAGUCCAGAACUUUCUACAGAGCCCCGCUUCAUCCUGCCCCCCCCACCAGCUCCGCCCACUAUUUUCCCCUCAGCUCCACCCACUGGCCUGCUCCACCCCAAAAAUCAAACACACACACACACACUCUCUCGUACAGUUCUGCUCUCCGUGUAUGUGUGUGAACAUUAACUGUCUGUCUGUUAAACAGACGGAGGAGAGAAUGAUGGACUGAUGGUGAAGACGGUGAAAGAAUGUACUUUUCUUUUUAAGGUGGAGUUUUGGAGGGUCUGAACUCCGAGUCUCAGCGUGUGGAACAGAGAACAACUCACACACCACAGGCUACACGACUCGCAUCACAGGACCCGCUUCUGUAAACAAACACACAAACAAACAUUCACACAAAACGUCACACACACAGCAAAAAUUACAAACAACACAGUUUUAGUUUCCCGCCUUCACACUUUCAUCUCUACUGACUACAUAAUCACACCUCCCCCCCUCCUUUUACUCUCUCUCCCUCUCUCUCUCUCUCUCCUUUUACUCUCUCUCUCUCUCUCCUUUUACUCUCU